AUGUCAUCUAAAAGAAAGUCGCCACCCUCAAAAUUGCAAGAAGGAGCUGCUGAAACAGAGAAAUCGGAGCCAGGACCUGCCAACCUGGACUUCUCCGACCACCACGAGUCAGACGAGAACGAUCACCAGACCUUCUACAAAUUCUCCCCAAGCUCCUCCCCCAGGACCUCAAUCAGCGAAGAGGAUACAUACGAAGACGAGCAGCCGUGCAAGAAGCAAAGAUUCGACCAAUCAUUAGACAUGACAAACAACCUCCUAGUCCCAUCGUCCUUUCUAAGUCUCCACCAAGUCAGCGAUCUUCAAGGCAGAAGACGUGGCUCGUCAGAAUGCAGUAGUCCAGGCGCUGAGGCGAAAGUUUUGGGACUGUGCAACAAUAACAAUUCAUUGCUGAAUCACAAUAGCGCAUUGUCGCUGGCCGCGCCGCAUAAGCGGUCGAUGGAUGAUGUGUUAAAGAGAUUAACGUCUAAAAUGAAUAACAGCACGAUUAAAGAGGAGAAGAGGCCUACACCAUCAACGACGCCUGUGAAGCAGCAAAACAACGACAGACGAGGUGUUCUGGACGCGGCUGCCCUUCAAGCAUUAGCUGGUGAAAGCGUUCUGGAGAAAGAGCGACAGCUGUCGGAGAUGAUUCUUCAACUUCAGAUGGUGCGGGAGCAGCUGUUAGCGCAACAGGAGCAUUCUAAGAAUAUCGGAACAGUAUCAGCAGAACUGGAGCUACAAAGACUUCAGCAGGAGCAUUUACGGAGACAGGAGAUGGUGAGGCGCGGGCACCUAUACCCAGGCCCUCCAAUGGGCCUGAUCCCUCUUCUAGAGCAGAUGCGGCCGCAGCCACCCCCACCACCUAAUGUGGUACAAAGCCCCGCCUGGCCAGCAACGGCUCAGCUGGCGCAACUAACAGCCAGCGCUCGUUCCCCCCCACCUCAAGACCCGGACACACCCCUUAACCUGAGCAAGCAGCGCUCCCCAUCCCCCGCUCCGCCUAUGAUGAUGCAGAGAUUCGUGCCAUACCCUCCAAUGGAAGAAAACAGCCCAUACAAUAUGAAGAAAGAUGACGAUUAUAAUGCGGUUUGCAAUACGUCAUCCUGGCCCCAGUCAAAUCCAGAAGAGUCUGAAAAAGCCAAGCUGAUCCGCCAGCCAAAACGCGAUGAGGCCGGCAAACCCCACAUCAAGAGACCAAUGAAUGCGUUCAUGGUCUGGGCGAAAGACGAACGUCGCAAGAUCCUCAAAGCAUGCCCGGACAUGCACAAUUCCAACAUUUCCAAGAUCUUGGGAGCUAGGUGGAAAUCCAUGUCAAAUGCCGAGAAACAGCCUUACUAUGAGGAGCAGUCGAGGCUCUCCAAACAGCAUAUGGAAAAACAUCCUGAUUAUAGGUACCGACCGAGACCCAAGCGAACGUGCAUAGUCGACGGCAAGAAGAUGCGGAUAUCAGAGUACAAAAAUCUGAUGCGCACGCGCAGACAGGAGAUGAGGCAGCUCUGGUGCAGGGACGGUGGCAGCGAACUGAACUUUCUGCCCUCCCUGUCCAGCCCAGGGCCUUCGAACUCGUCGCCCCCGCCUAAUGGGGGGAGCUACAUGAACCCAGCGUUCUCUCCUCCCUUGUCGCCUCGAGAGGAGGAUUGAGGUACGGCGCGCGGCUGGCCUUACCCGCACGCCGCGCAACUCCCUCUGCCUCCCUCCCACCACCCUUGGUAAACGUCACAAAGCUAUUCUGACCUCCCGAAGGAAAGAAUAACCUUAAAACCAAGUCGAAUUUUAAAAAGACAGUCUAAAGUUACAGAUGUUGUUCAUAUGAUGCCAGUGUCGUUCGGAUCUCUCGUUUAUAUGCAAAUAUCUUAUUGUAAUUGAGAUUAUUCCAUUAGUGAAUUAAGAUCGACUCUUUGUAAUCUGUAAAAUUUAGCGGUUUACGCCAUUAUUUUAUAGGUAGGCGGCACACUUAAACUUUUGAAGUGUGCCAAAAUUGUAUCUAUUUGAAUGAUUAGAGAAUUAGAAAAGUGUAUAUAAUAAGUUAAAUUGUUAUAUUUCAAUUCUUUCAAUGUAAAUAUAAUGCAAACCUUUGUAGAUAUGUAUGCACGUAAUCGAUGUUCGGCUAUAAGUAACUGUUUUAAGUUCUAGAAUAUAGGAGUAGAGUAAAGUUUAUUUAAGAGUAGGAACCCGAGUUUAAUUUUUUGUGUGGCCAUGUGUAAAUCUUAGUUAAACUAUCUACAAUUUCGUAGUAUAAGCUUAAGGGACUUAAUGUAUCGAACCAAAAAUUUGAAGCGGAAUGCUUGAAAAUUUAAGUGUUUUGAACACAAACUGUUGAAGAACCAGUGAUAACUAAGUAUGAUGCAUAAUAGAAAUAUAAUAAAAAAAAAUAUAAUACUCAUUAGCGAAAAUCUGUAAUUAGUGGACACAGAUUGUAUAAUAAAACCUUCGAUGCUACUUAAUAUUACCUAAUAAGUAUAUAAAAAAAAAAAGGAAUUUUGUUAUCUGUACCGACCGGUGUUGAACACAAAAUGGUGGUCAAUUUGGAGAUUGUCAAUUUAAUGCAAAAUAGAACGAAUUAUAAUAUCUAUUCCCAAUCCAUUUCUAUUUCAAAUAGACCCACCGAGAAGUGGGGAUUAAUAAUUAAAUAAUAAAAACAAAUAUUCGCUUUAUCAAAUCGUGCAAUUUAGUAGAUGUAGAGAUAAGUCAUAGUUGACAAGUAGGUAGGUAUCUACAUUAAUAGAUAUAGAGAACAAAGUUGUAUAGUUUUAGUGUAAAAUCAGGCUGAUGGGAGUGAUGUCGUUAAUUGCCAUUUUUUUAUUCGUUAUUUAUUUUUCUAAUUGUAUUUUCUUGUUUUUAUUUUUUGAACUGAUUGCGGGUACACACUUUUUUAGUUCUACAGCUAUUAACUAUUAUCAUAAAGGUGUUAACCGUGUUAAUAUAUUUUAAAUUAAACAAAAAAAGAUCUUUAUUUUAUUCAACAUUUGUUUUAAUCAAGUUUAUAGAAAAUCAAAAUGGCUGGAGCCUGAGUCAAUAGUAAAGGCAAUAAUUAAAAAAUGACGUUUAUUUUUUUUCUAUAAAACACUGAACUUCUUUCUUCUUUUCUUUACUUUUGUAAAUAAUAUGUUAUAAAAUAAUGAUAUUACAAAUUUAAUAUUUAUUGUUCUGUUUCAAGUGUGUAUCCGUUCUUAUUUUGUAUGCCAGUAAUAUUAUGUACUCAACGUGAAUAGUUGUAGAGAAAUAAGCGUAUAAAUAAAUUAUUGUGUACGUGACUUAAUCGAAUAUUUGUAGCGUGUACUAUAUUCUGUUGACUAUGUUAUUUUCGAUUUGAUAUCACAUAACAACGUUAUGUAGCGCCUACUGAAUGGUCUACGUUUGUAUCGAUAAUCAAAUUGUUUAUGUAUAUUCUUUAAAUCGGACAACCAAUCUGUCAUCGAGAUAAUAACAUAUUAAACGGAAUAUACUUAGUAAAUGUGUAAGGGUUUUAGACAGUGCCGUUAAAUUAUUUAUUUUUAUGUUGAUUCCCAAUGUAAAUACGCGAUAUUUUUGAUGUGAACGUUAGUUGUGGUUAUUUUAUAAAUGAUCGAUACUUAAUUAUUAUGCUAUACGCAUAGAUCUCGGUCGAUUUUUUUCUUAUUCUGUAUUUAUUAUCCGUUUCAGAAAUCUAAUUUUGUUUUUAAAAAUAGAAACUCGUCAUUAUUCUUUUUUAAUUUUCCAACGCAAAGAUAUCGACUACAGAGUUUAGCGGGAUAUACCUAUUGUACUUAUUAAAAUUAAUAACUUUGUUGUUAUAUUUUUUAUGGUUUUAAUAACGGUUUUAUUUUUUCGAUUGAGAUUAUUUUGUUAUAACUAGUUUCCACUCAAUACACAUAAGUAGACAGACUUAGGUUUUAAUACCAAUUAUUAGGUAUUAACCAGGACACAUUAUUUCGAAUAUUGUGCCAAAACCCAGAAGUUUAAUAAAAGUAAUUAUAAAAAAUAUA